CGACCAUAUAUAUAUAUAUAUAGAUUUGUCCCUAUUUUAUGGUUUUUAUAAAUAUUCCUUCCUCUACUAUCCCUGCUGCUUCACCUUGAAGUUGGGGCUUUUCGCUAAAACCCUUACCAAAGCCACUGCAGACACAGAGGAAAAAAGGGUAGUAAAUUGAAAAAUGCUGAAGUUCCUAUCCAAGGUGAAGAUCGAAUUCAACGCGCUGGACCCUCGCCUGGCGUCUUGCAUGGAGUUCCUGGCGCAGUGCAACGCCCCCAAGGCCAAGGAGUCGAACCCCAGCUGCCAGGUCCAGGUCAAGCGCCGUACCGACGAUUUUCCGCCCAGGAUCACCGUCACCUUCGUCAACGGCGUCGAGGAGACCUUCGACGCCACCUCAACGCCGGCGCAGAACAUCCGGACCUUGAUCCUCGAGAAGGGUCAGUAUCUCGAGACCGAGCAGAUGUUCCGCGAGGCGGGCGAGAAAUGGCCUGUUGUUAUCCCCGAUGAGGAGCUUAAUCAACCGUUUACUGGAAUCAAGCCGAAGAAAGCAGAAGAGAAGCAGCAAUGAUUCCACCAUUCGGCGCGUUUGGAUCAGCCAUAUGCAGUUAACAUAGACUUAAACUACGAAAUCAUGAUAGGCUGUAUUAUUUGAGGUCAAAAUUGCUAGAGUUAUUAGUGUAUGGGAUGUUCUCAUUUAUUCAAAUAUGUAACAUUACUAUUUAUGUCUUCGGGACCUGUUUGAUGCCGAAAAGUGAAUUUUCUUUCCGCUGGAAAAAAUGGUUCGCAGUUAGCAAGAUAUUGCUUUCCGUAGUAUUUAUGGUUGAUUUUCACAACUUAUCGGUUACUUUGUUAUCAUUUUCUCGUUCGGUUGUAUGAGACUCGCCAUCUUUCAAAAUUUUUGGCAUAUGCAAGACUUGUGAUCUUUCGAAUAAUUUAUGGGUUAUACGAUGAAAUGAAUGAGCAUAAUAGCUGACUGUUUCAUUGUUGAAUCAAAGUUGUGCAGUCACCAGAAAAUAAUUUGAUUUUUC